AUGGUGAGCAUGAUGAGAGUUUUUCUGAUCCUCCUUUGGACAACGAUCUUGGUUCAGCCAAACGUACCUCACGCUGCAGGAGUUCAGGUUUUGCCACCUGUUAACUUCACCCUUACAGUCUCUGCAUUAGCACAAGUACUUUUAGACUGGAAACCAAACCCUAAUCAAGAACAAAAAAACUACACUGUUAGAUAUGAUGUGAAAAUCCUAAGCCCUGUGCCUGAAGAGUAUGAUACAAAGAAAACUCACAGUAUCCGGACAGCUGCACUUCACAAUGGUUUCUCUGCACACAUUCGGAUGUUACUUCUCCAUAAUGACCUUCAGAUGAGAAGUGACUGGGUGAAGGGAGAACUCCCGCCUCUGCCAGGUGCUCCAGAGACAUCAGUCACUAAUUUGUCCUGUGUUACUCGCAUCACCAUUUCUAGUGCUGUUUCCCUCCGUUGCACUUGGCUUCCUGGCCGAGGGGCACCAGAAGAUACUGAGUACUUUCUAUUUUACAGGUAUGAGACGUACACUGAAGAAUGUCAAGAUUAUAUCAAAGAUAAGUGGAACAGGAAUACUGAGUGCAGAUUUUCAGUGACUCAUAUUGAUCCUGAAGGGGUUGACAAUCUCAUCAUAAUACACAUUAAUGGGUCUAGCAAGUAUGCUGCCAUCAAACCUUUUCAGCAGUUAUUUAACCAAAAUGCCAUAGAGAAAGUGAAUGUUCCCAGAAAUGUCACUGUAUUCUUAGAGCAAAAUGAUCUCCUGGCCACAUGGGAGAAGCCAAUUUCUCCUUUCGUUAAAGAAUGUUUUGAAUACGAAUUUUACCUCUUCAACUUGAAGUCAGGUAACAAGCAGAUACUGAAAAUAUCCUCAAAUGACUUCAGAUUGCGGAUUGAUGUUACCAGCAGGUAUUCCAUACAAAUAAGAGCUAAUCGUCACAUAUGUUGUAUGAGAGGAUUUUGGAGUGACUGGAGUGAAAUUAUUUAUGUUGGGCAAAACAAACUGGAGAAUCCUGUAUCCUGGAUUCUCGCUGUGCUUUGUGUGUCCACGUGCUGCACAUUCCUGCUUGUUGCUAUAAUAUGCAAAAUAAAUCAUGUAUGGAGUAAACUGUUCCCACCAAUUCCAACACCCAGCCACAAAUUCAGAGAUUUUCCCUUCCCAAAUGACUACGAG